AUGAAAAAAUACGACUGGAAAACCUCUCUCACUGUGACCCUUUGUAUUUUAAAGUGCAUCGGACUCUGGCCCGAAAAAUUCUACACUUGCAAUUUUUACACACUAUAUGCUAUAUUUGUCGCUAUUGUCAUCGUCGCAGGCCACAACCUAUCCCAAAUAAUCAACAUAUUUUUCGUAUACACAGAUUUGGAAGCUUUAACAGCAACAAUCUUCGUUUUAACCACCAACAUUUUAGCAACCAUAAAAAUGUGCCUCUUCGUACGAAACCUAAAAGUCAUAAAACAACUUUUUGCAGUUCUCGAUCGAGAUCAGUUUCAGCCAAAAUCAGCUCAUCAAAGAAAUUUAUUGCAACCGUCCUUAAAAUUCUGGAAAGUCAGUUUUGUUGUAUUUCAUACCGUAGUGGCUUUGAAUGUGACGUUGUGGUCAAUCUCACCACUGACGAAUGAAGAGCAAAAGUUGCCCUUUCUUGCUUGGUAUCCUUUUAAUAUUGACAUUUCGCCGAAUUAUAACAUUGUUUAUAUGUAUCAAGUGACAGGUAUUUGGUACGUUACUUCAGCUAAUAUUAGUUUAGAUACAAUGACGUAUGCGUUCUUUAUGUAUACUUGGAGCCAGUGUGACAUUUUGUGCGACGAUUUGAGCAAUCUUGAUGGUACGGUGGAUGAGUUUAAAAAAAAAUUUGAGGAAUGUGUCAACCACCAUAAGGAAAUUGUUCGUUUUGCAAAUUCUAGCAACAGUUUAUUCAAUAUGAUAAUUUUGGGGCAGCUUAUGACCAGUACUAUGGUGCUUGCGCUUACCUUAUUUCAGUUGAGUUUGGUUGAAAACUUUGUUAGUCACGAGACUUUACCUCAUUUUUGUUAUUUAACGGGGAUUUCGAUGGAACUCUUUUUCUAUUGCUGGUUUGGAAAUGAGGUGGAAAUAAAGAGUAGUGGUAUACCGUUUGCUUUGUAUAAAUCCAAUUGGUGUCAGCAACCCAUCAGUGUUCAGAAAAACAUGCUUAUAAUGAGUGUGAGGUGUCAGGAUCCCAUCACUAUUAGUGCUCUUAAUUUAUUUCCUCUUUCGUUGAAAACUUUUGUGAAUAUUCUUCGUACAGCUUGGUCUUAUUUUGCAGUACUUUACAACGUUAACAAUUCAUAG